UUGAACGGAACGGAACUAAGCAGCUGGGUGACCGUCGAUCCAGCCGAGAGGGUUAAAGUGUGGGACUCGGUCUUAUUCGCCCGGGUUCAGAAAAGCAGAUAGAUACUUUUGCUUCUUUAAGGAGACGCGUGUGCUUCUCGCUUCGUGAAUAUGCCAAAAACUCCCAGAGCAAAAGGAGGGGAGCAUGAGAAGAAAGCCAUCCAUCCUUACAGCAGAAAAGCUGCUCAGCUUACUAAAGAAGCACAUAGACAAGUUAAAAAGGAGAAAUUGAAAAAUGAAAAGGCCUUUCGUAUCAGCAUUGUGGGUGAAAAAUUGCUUUGGUUUCAACACCACCUUGAUCCGGACAAAAUGGAAUACACAAAAAAAGAAGCUUCUGAAUUAGUAGAAAAUUAUUUGCAGAGAUUCCGUGAUGAGUUGGAACAGAUUGAACUGCACAACAGCAUUAAAGGACGACAGUCCAGACAGCAUAGUUCCAGGGAAACCGUAAUCAAGCAGACUAUGGAACGUGAACGACAGCAAUAUGAAGGCUAUGGCAUCGAAAUCCCUGACAUUGUAAACUGUAAACAUCUUCGAUAUUUCAGAGACUGGGAUGGUGACCUGAAGAAGCUACCAAAUAUUAAAAUGAGAAAGUUAUCCAGUAAAGAUGUUUGCAGUAGUAGAAUGGAGAAAGCAAACGUUGAAGCUGGAAAUGAAUUGUCUGCAGCACAGGAUGUGGACUAAAGAGAAUUCGCUGGAUAUCUGAAAACAGAUUGGCAAACCAGUGUUUUAACUGUCUAUGGCAGAAAGAAACAAGAAACUUUCAGUCAACCAUGAGUACCUGCAAUUCUGACAGUUUAUAUACUGUACUUUAUAAUACAGCAAUGUCUUUUGGAAAAACAAAAUAGUGCAAUGUGUGUAAGGUUCAUAAAAAUGCUUGAUAUUACACUGAUAGAGCCAAAUUCUGAUUAGUCAAAAUUAAUUAUUCUAAUGCAACAAAACAGCCAACAGAUUCUCAGAAAGAAAAAGUCAAAUAUCUUCCAUCUCACCUACUAUCUUUCCCCAGUUGUUGUUCUUCAAGAGAAAGUACUGAUCUGAUUUUCAUUACAAUUGUUGGAGCAAAGUAUCUUUAGGAGUGAACUUAAAUGCAUCUUUCCAUAUACCUUUUUUAAUAGUGUAUUCUGGCAUUGGUCUUUCCUGAAGCUGCAGGUUGGGACCAUAGCUCAUAACAUCACUUCAGAAUGGGGAUUAAGAAAUGUAGUCUGAUUUGAUGGCAGGUACUAUUAAGAAUUCUAUAUAAAGCUUAAGAUACCUUUUUGCCUUAAAUUCUUCCAAACAAUAAAAAUGCAUAAAGGGAGGUUUCCUAUUCUCUUAACACACCACAUUUAGCUCUUUUCUUUUUAUAAAAAGCUAUCCUGAUAAGCAUACAUAGAUACACAAUUGUGUGUCCCAGUAUCUAAUUUAUUUACAAUAUUCUGUUGAAUUGGAAAGAAUAAAAUACAGAUUGUAAAAUAAGAUUGGAAAGAGUAAAAUAUGGGCUAUAAAACAGUACUGAACAAAGCAUACUAGCCAGUAUGUUUAAGUUAUCAUUUUGGAUUUGACCCUUGGGUUCUUUAGUUGAACAAUGUUCUAUGUCAGUGGUUCUCAACCUUUUUAAUGCCGCGACCCCCCAAUCAGUCGUAAGUCAAGGACUACUCAACUGGUGCAGCACCGUUUGCAGAAUGGGACUUUUGGUGGGCUCAGCAGGGCAGAGACAGCCUGGACAAUUCCUAUUGGCUUUUGAAAGCCAAUAGAAUUAGACUCUAUUCAAAUCUAAUUUUAAGGAAAAGCUAAGGAAAAUGGCGGACUGCGUUGUUUGGCGACCCCCGUGAAAUGGUCGUUUGACCCCAAAUGGGGUCCCGACCCACAGGUUGAGAACCACUGUUCUAUGUGGUAACUUGUAAUAUUUUCAUAAUUAUUACUAAUUUUUGGACAAGCAAAAAACUUGAUUCCACAAGUUUGGCUUCAGAGAACCUAUUAGUGGGCUUUCUACUUCAGUAUUGAUCUCUUUUUAAAACAAAGUUCCUUAACACUGAUUUAUAAAUCAGAUCUUGAAGUACAAAUUCAGGCUACUGAACUGACAUUUAAACUACAUUCCUGAAGAAUGGGGGAAAGAGAAUGCAAUUCUGAUUUUCUUUUCUAGCCUCUAAAAUUAAAACUGUUGCUCAGAAAAAGGACUGGACUUCAUUUGGUUUUAACCAGGCCGUUCCUUGCUCAAUCUAAUGUCAUCUGAAGCACUGAGACUGAGCUUUCGUUUAAAACACACAUGUAAAAUUUGGUGCAAAUUCUCAGGGCAUGGGAUAAGGCAAUGACAUCCUCCAGUUUGAAACUUCAGACUGGAGUUCUGAAGUUCUUCAGACUAGAAUUAUAAAAUACAUAAUAGAAAUAUGACUAGUUUCUAUUAAAAGAAAUAAUUCAUA